AAACAUCAGAUUCGAUUUGUAAUCAUAUUUUUUCAGUCCCAGAGUACUGUUUUUUUUUUCUUCUCGCUAAAGAAAGCAAAAAGAAAGCGAAAAUACCAACUCCGCGUACUGUUUUCACCUCGUAUCUGCUCUUCGCUUAUCGCACGGCUAAUCCACACGAGUAAGUUCCGUUAGUUUCGCUCGAUUUGUACCACACAGUGCUGGUACGCGCGCGGGAUGGAAAGUGACAAAAUGGAAAUCUACGAAUCACUGAUCCGCUGGCUGGGAGUGCUGCAGCUGUCCGCUCCGCACGAAAACAUCCAGCAGCUGAGCGAUGGCGUAGCGUUGGCCCAGGCUCUGCAUCUGAUAGCGCCGGAAAUGUUCAGCGAGAAUUGGCUUUCGAAGAUCAAGGUGGACGUGGGGCACAACUGGCGGCUGAAAGUGAGCAACCUGAAGAAAAUCAUCGAAGGCGUCUACGUGUACUAUCAGGACAUUCUGAGCUUGAAUCUGUCGGAAGAACUGCGCCCGGAUGCUAUGAAGAUUGCGGAAAAGUGCGAUGGGUAUGAGCUAGGGAGAUUGCUGCAGCUGAUCUUGGGAUGUGCGGUCAAUUGUUUGGAGAAGCAGAAGUACAUCACGCAGAUUAUGGAACUGGAGGAAUCGCUCCAGCGGAACAUAAUGGCCGCGUUGCAAGAUAUUGAAUACGUGUGGCAGGGAGUGUCUCCUUCACGAAACUCGAUCAAUGCGUCCAGCUUGGACGUGAAAACGCUACAGGAAGAUCGCGACAGCCUGGCUCAGAAGUGUCACGAGACGAACAAAAAGAUGCUCAUACUGAUAGAAGAGAAGUCGGUCCUCCAGCAAGAGAUCAGUAAACUCCAGGCUGUAAUAGCACGAUAUGAGAAUCCGAACCUGAUCGGAGACGAUGGAACGUCACUGGGACCAGUGCAGUUGGGAUCGACCCGGUACAAUGACCUCCGGAAGGUGGUGGACAGUUUGAAGGAUGAUCUGUUGCAGGCGGAAACGGCACGCGAUGAUUUGAAAAUGAAGUCCGCCAUGCAGGAAAAGGAGAUUGCCGAGUUGCAGGUCAAGAUUGAUGAGCUCCAUACAGCGACAGCGGAAAUCGCUCAGCUAAAAGAUGAAAUCGACAUUCUCAAAGAAGCCAACGACAAGUUGAAAAUCUGCGAAACCCAGCUGCAGACCUACAAAAAGAAAUUGGAAGACUACAAUGAUCUCAAGAAGCAAAUCAAAAUGCUGGAAGAAUGCAGUGCCGAAUAUCUCAAGCAAAACCUGCAGCACGAAGAGGAAGCGAAAAAGUACUCCGGCCUCAAAGGACAGGUCGAGCUGUACAAGAAGGAAAUCCAAGACCUGCAUGCCAAACUGGAUUCGGAAAUGAGCAAAACCAUCAAGACGGAGUUCGAGUACAAUCAACUGCAGACCAAGCUGUCCGCCGUGCAGCGGGAAAAGGAGAAUCUGCUGAGCGAGCGAGACGUCCUGAGGGAGACCUGUGACGAGCUGAAAUGCGGCCAAGCUGCAGAGGACUCCGAGAGUGGAAACACCAUGUCCAAGGAGCUGCACUCCAGUGAUGUUCGGGAGAGAAUCGAACGGUUGGAGAAGGAGAACAAGGCUUUGCGUGAGGGUCAGGGAGGACAGACUGCACUGUCGCAACUGCUAGAUGAUGCGAAUCAGCGAAACGAGAAGUUACGAGACCAACUGAAGGCAGCCAAUCAGCGAGUUUUGCUGCUGAGUCAGCAUCACAGUGAAGACAUCAGCUCCAAGAGCGACAUGGACAUACAGCUGAAACAGGCUCUGGAGCUGAACGAGCAGCGGUCUUCGCAAAUCGACGAAGCACAAUCGCAGAUGACACAGCUGCAUACGAAAAUUGCAAACCUGGAGGCUGCGCUAGCUGCGAAGGACCAAGAACUGCUGGCGGCCGAUUCGCGGUACAAGAAGUGCGUAGAAAAGGCCAAGGAAGUGAUCAAAACGCUCGAUCCCCGCGCCAUCAAUGAAGCGCUACUACUGGACAAACCACCGCAGGAUGGGGAAGCUUCCUCUUCGUCGGCCACCGGAAGCGCGGGCGAUGCAUCGACUCUUACUUCAACUGGUUCCGGUCGGGUGGGGCCGAUGGGCGUCCAAGAAGAGCAACUAAUUGCGACCGCUUUCUACCGUUUGGGAAUGACCUGCCAGCGGGAAGCCGUCGACUCCCGGCUCGCCAUGCACAGUGGACCCGGCAACAGCUUCCUUUCCCGCCAACGUCAGCCAGCUCCGCGCAAACCUAUGAACAUGCAGUUUGCCAAAAAGUAGUGAAAAAAAAACCGGCGUAGAACAUGCAGGACACGAGAGACCUGGUCGUCGCAGGAGAAGAAGAUGAAAGGCAUUCACAGGUGGUGCCUUGCUAAUCAUUCAGUAAUCGAUUUUUACCACACGACCUAGGAAUAGCACUUCUAACUAUUAACGUACUUUAGGAUAAUUUCGAUAUUAUGUCAACCAAUAUAUUUUACAUAUUUAUGAAUUAUUUAUACACGCUGUCUAAACUACUUUGAACAACAUUGUGACCCUUUCCAAUAAAGUAUCAUUAUACAUAUU